AUGUCUCAUUUCAACAAGAACGUCCUGAGCCCGGUGGCUCGUUAUUCCUACCGCCGGACAGGUCGACGGAUUGAACGAAUCAACGAGCGAGAGAUACGUUCGGACCGAUACCCACAAAAUACACAGGAGGAGAUCUCGAGCUUUAGAGCUCAGAUCGCCUCCAGUGGCUCGGAUAUUGGUGGCGGCCCCUACCCUGUGCCCGGUAGCGUCGCCUUUACUGGCCCCGGCCAACCUAUCACCGGUCCAUGGAACAAUGGCAUGUACCUCCAGCGCCCCCAGCAACAGCAACAGCAGGGGGCCUACCACCCUCGGGCUAACAAUGGCCGCCCUCGCGACCAUUACUACUACGCCCACGCGAGGUACAUGCCUCAGGAGGGUGGCGACAGCGCCCCCCCCUCUUCCUCCUCUUCCUCCACCUCGGACGAGGAGGAUCAGGACCAGCCGGACCAGUCCAACAGCUCCUGGACCCAGGAGCCUUGGUUCCAAGCGCACGAGCUGUGGGCCCAGCAGUUGGCCCUCGAUAUCGACGAGUGGCAGGCCAAAGAGGACGCGAUCCUCGCACUUCACUGGGCCGAGGAGGCUGCUGCCGCCGAGGCCGCCCGGGCUAGGGCGAGACAGAGCCCCGCUCCAGGGUCCUGGGCUGCCGGGGCGGCGUUCUGGAACGCCACCUACAACCGAUUCACCCCUUCCUCCGCGGAGGACUUCAACUUUGCCCGCCCCAGGUUUUACGAGUACGACUCUGACGACACCAUGUCGAACGAGCAUGACUCUGACUACACCAUGUGGGACGACUACGAGCUUUACGCCGACUGGUCGGACGACUAUGAGGUCGACGCCAACGGCUCGGACGAGUCUGACCCCAAGGCCAACCUGGAAGAGGAGGAGGACUUGUACAGCCCUAAGUAG